CAUCAUUUGACUAAUGACGCACGCGCUCUCUCGCUCCAUCUCUUUUCAAAUUCCACCCCCCCACGCCUCCGUAAUCUCUCUCUCUCUCUCUAUCUGCCCGGGCUUGACCGGCGAGCUCCACAGCCAUGGACACGACCCAUAACGGACAAGCUAAAGAGGAGGCCGCCGCCGCCGCCGCCGCCGCCGCCGCCGCCGUGCGCGACGGCUCGGUUUGCGGAUACGAGUCCCUCGACCGCCUCCUCCGCGACAAUCUCCGCCCCGAAGUCUUUCAGGAAGUCAGUCGUUUACUUAUAGGAUUGAAUUGUGGAAGGACUCUUGAAGUUGUUCCUCUGGCAGAUUCUGCAAAAGCUCUCUCAUCUGAAUGUGAUUUUGACAUACAGGCAUUUCGCUUUACAGCAGACAAGGAAGUAUUAAGAGAACCACGAGUUGUCAGAGUUGGGCUUAUUCAAAACUCUAUAGUUCUUCCCACGACUGCUCCCUUUCUGGAUCAAAAAAGGGCUAUUCAUCAGAAAGUAAAACCAAUGAUAGAUGCUGCAGGUGCUUCAGGAGUGAACAUAUUAUGCUUGCAGGAAGCAUGGACAAUGCCAUUUGCCUUUUGUACAAGAGAGAAGAGGUGGUGUGAGUUUGCAGAGCCUGUUGAUGGGGAAUCAACAAGGUUUCUUCAGGAUCUAGCGAAAAAAUAUAACAUGGUCAUUGUUAAUCCUAUCCUUGAGAGGGAUGUAAAUCAUGGGGAGACGAUCUGGAAUACUGCCGUUAUUAUAGGCAAUCAUGGCAAUAUUAUAGGCAAGCAUCGAAAGAACCACAUCCCCAGAGUUGGAGAUUUCAAUGAAAGCACAUACUAUAUGGAAGGAAAUACUGGCCAUCCUGUGUUUGAGACUGCUUAUGGAAAGAUCGCUGUCAAUAUAUGUUAUGGGAGGCACCAUCCUCUGAAUUGGUUAGCGUUUGGCUUGAAUGGUGCUGAGAUUGUGUUCAACCCUUCUGCAACUGUUGGUGAACUUAGCGAACCCAUGUGGCCAAUUGAGGCGCGAAAUGCUGCCAUUGCCAACAGUUAUUUUGUCGGAUCAAUUAACCGGGUAGGAACAGACAUUCCCAAUCCGUUCACAUCAGGUGAUGGGAAGCCACAGCACGCAGAUUUUGGGCACUUCUAUGGAUCCAGUCACUUUUCAGCCCCAGAUGCCUCCUGCACACCAUCACUGUCCCGUCACAGAGAUGGAUUGCUGGUCUCAGACAUGGAUCUCAACCUCUGCAGGCAGCUGAAAGACAAGUGGGGGUUCAGGAUGACUGCUCGGUACGAGCUCUAUGCCGAUAUCCUUGCUCAGUACUUGAAGCCGGAGUUUGAACCCCAGGUCAUAUCUGAUCCCUUGCUGCAAAAGAAGUCCUAUUAAGUUCUUGAUUCACAAUACUCUGUAUAUUCGGGGAUGACUUUAUCAAAACAAUGUCUGGACCUUCGGCACACGUGAUGUCUGUACAUAUGGGAAUUGGAAAUGGAUAAUUCAAUAAUCUUCUCUUUCAGAUCA